CUCAUCAAACACCACCACCAAAAUACCUUCUUCAGCAGCCUUUUCUAUUUUCUCUUUAGCAAAACAUAUAAAUGGCAUCCAUGGCUCUCUCAUCCCCAUCUUUUGCAGGCACAGCUGUAACUUUGAACUCGCAAUCAAAAUUCUCAACCAAUGUUAGAUCCAGUAAGAAUAGAAUGAUCGUGAUGAGGAAGACAUCAGCAAAGAAGCCUGCUGCUUCUUCAGGAAGUCCAUGGUACGGUCCAGACCGUGUCAAGUACCUUGGACCUUUCUCCGGUGAAUCUCCAUCAUACUUAACUGGUGAAUUCCCUGGUGAUUACGGAUGGGAUACUGCUGGACUAUCUGCAGACCCAGAGACCUUUGCCAAGAAUCGGGAGCUGGAAGUGAUUCAUUCCAGGUGGGCCAUGCUCGGCGCUUUGGGGUGUGUUUUCCCUGAACUUCUCUCUAGAAAUGGAGUUAAGUUUGGUGAAGCGGUCUGGUUCAAAGCUGGUUCUCAGAUUUUCAGUGAAGGUGGACUUGACUACUUGGGGAACUCCAGCUUAGUUCAUGCUCAGAGCAUCUUGGCGAUUUGGGCCACUCAAGUUAUCCUUAUGGGAGCUGUUGAGGGAUACAGAGUUGCUGGUGGUCCACUAGGUGAGAUCGUCGACCCACUUUACCCAGGUGAUAGCUUUGACCCCUUAGGACUUGCAGAGGACCCAGAGGCAUUUGCUGAGCUGAAGGUAAAGGAACUUAAGAACGGGAGACUUGCUAUGUUCUCCAUGUUCGGUUUCUUUGUUCAGGCUAUUGUUACCGGCAAAGGUCCUCUAGAGAACCUGGCUGAUCAUCUUUCUGACCCCGUAAACAACAAUGCUUGGUCAUAUGCUACCAACUUUGCUCCAGGAAAGUGAAAACAUUCAUGACAGUUAACUAAGAUGAUCUCUCUUCAAAGGCAUUGGAGCUCAAUUUUUUCUUCUCUACUUCUUAUUUUAUCAUGUACAUUCAUUUUUAGCUUGUAAAUAAUCUGUCAUUGAAAUCUGUUUUGAAAUAUCAUUUUGUGCGUUUCCAGUCCCUUUAUCUGUAGACAAAAGUAGUGUGAUCCUUCCACUCAUUCCAUUACAGUAAUGUGCAGUACUUUACAUUCAAAGGGUUUGAAUCCCAUUGUCAACUAAAAUAAAAGGAAUAAAAUUAUCUUUCAACUUUCAA